AUGCUUCCAAAAAAAUCAGUUCAAAGAAUUCAUUUACGUCAUCUCGUCAACCAAUUCCUAGGACUAAUCCAAAUAAGAUGGAAUUUAUUACUAAGGCUGAGAAAGAUAGGUGGACCAUGGGAUGCUUCCGCGAUGACUUAGAAAGAGAUAUACGCUUCUAUCGUGGUGGAAUAGAAAGGCAGGAAGAUAUUAGAAAAUAUCGUAAAUUUUUAACAGAUCAGGAUAAGCUAAUCGGAGAAGAGUUAUUACGUCGCAGUAUAUUAAAAAGCGGUUUAAGUACUGCAUGGCUAGACGAUCUGAUGAAAGAAUGGGAAGAAAUCCAUACUCAAUUC